AGCCUCUCUACAAAAACCAUACCUCUUUAGAAACGUGAGCCGGUCCCAUUCUAGAUAGUCAUGGAGAAUAAAUCUUCAAGUGCAGAAUUUGAAUACAUCAAGAGCCUCCAACGGCAAGUUUACUUUCUUGAGCUGGAAGCCAAUUUUCUUCAUGAACAAACUAAAAAAGCUGCCAGUCUUCAUCCCCAGGUUACAUCUGAAAUGGAGCACAGGCUGCAGAAGCUACGGGAAUUGCAGUCUCAGUCUGAUGGCCUCCAACUGGAAUUAAAGAGAAAGGAAAGUCAUUUGAACAUGCAGCGUUUAGAAAGAGAACGACUUAGUAGCCAGAUCCAUGUGACAGAUGAGCAUUAUUCAAAAGAGAAGCAGACUUUGCUUGAAGAAAUCAUGCAACUGAAGAGACAGAAGGCACGAAAAGACCAGCACAUUUCUUCAAAGGAAAUGGAGAUACUGCAUGUUAAGCAAGAACUGGAACAGCAAAAAAUGAACCUGAGUAACAGUGAAAAGGCUAUCCUUGUAUUACAGGCCAAGGUAUCUUGA